UCUUGUUCUCUGCGUCAUCCCACCUCUUCAUAAAUUCUUGAAUUUCAAGGCCACCCGGUCGAUUGGAUUGUAGAUUUGGCGCGGUUGAUUUUACUGCUCAAACAGAUCAUAAGAACAAACCAUGUGGGUUCUGACUCAUUGCGGAUAUCAGAACCACCCUGUUAUGCUAGAAUCAGUUAUUGGUCUCAAGCUCUGGACUUGGAAAAAUGAAGAUCCUAAAGGCUGAUGUUGGAGCACUUAGCAAUUUUGAAGUGCUUGAAUUCCUAAGAUCUAGAGGGGCUUCAAACAAUGAUAUAGGACAGCUGAAAGUAAAACCAUCUGAGUAUAAGGUUUUUGAAUAUUUGGAUAAUACUCCUGCUGGCACUCAAACAAAAGAGAGCGUGGAAGAGUUCAAGGAAAAGUGUAAACAAUAUGACCUUGGGAAUGACAAGAUCCUCAAUAUUAUUAACACUAUGCCAGCUUCAGUGGUUGAAAUAUUUGCGAUUGUAGAGGAUAAUGCAGAUGAGCUAGUAGAGCUGGUUGCAGAGGUAUUGACUCCUGCAGCAGCAUCCCCUAAACCUGAAGCAGGUAAUGGUGAGAUAGGUGGAGAGGCCAUGAAUGUGGAACAAAUUGAACUAAACGAUGACAAUAUAGAAACUACCUGAAUGAGGGAAAGGAUCAAUGGAGACUAGUUGAUGCGCAGCGUUGUUUGUCUUAUAUGUUGACAGAUGCAUUCAUGUUCCCAACGAUUGUCACAUGUAUGUGAUUGUUAGUAGAAAUGAUACUAGAAUUACCAUCCCUUAUGUCUACAGUUUUAACUCUGUUUAGUGAA